CAGAGUCGGGGAAGCAGGUUCACGAGAAGCCACCUUCAACUGGUUUGCAGGGUUCCAGCGGUACCAGGUGCCAACCAGAGCCAGUCUGCAGAGGGACAGAGAGAGAAGACGCUGGCUCGCUCCUCUGACUGCCACCAAAGGUGACAGCCAUGUCUGUGCGGUUGCGCUUCCUGUCUCAGGGGGAUGCCGGGGCUGUGGGGACCGUGGGCCGCAGUGCCUCCUUCGCUGGCUUCAGCAGUGCACAAAGCCGAAGGCUCUCAAAGUCCAUCAACAGGAACUCUGUGCGGUCCCGGCUGCCAGCCAAGUCCCCCAAGGCCUACAGAACACUGCGCAAGGGUUCGCCGCUGUGCCUGGAUCCCCGGCCGCAGCAAGUGAAGAAAAUCUUUGAUGCUUUGAAGAGAGGCCUCAGGGACCAUCUGUGUGAGCAACAGGCUGAACUGGACUACCUGUGCGGACGCCACACGGACACCCAGAGGGGCUCCAGGCUGGCCUUCUACUAUGACCUGGACAAGCAACUGCGCCUGGUGGAGCGACACAUCCGGAAGGUGGAGUUCCACAUCAGCAAGGUGGAUGAACUCUACGAAGGUUACUGCAUCCAGUGGCGGCUGCGAGACGGAGCCUCCAACAUGCAGCGCGCCUUCAGCAACAGCACGCAGAGCCGAGCCUCCCGGGAGAGCCUGCAGGAGCUGGGCCGAAGCUUACAGGAGUGCCUGGAGGACAUGUGCCUCAUAGAGGGGACCUUGGAAGGUCACCUGGGCGAGUUCCAUGUCAAGAUGAAAGGCCUGGUGGGCUAUGCACGCCUCUGUCCCGGAGACCAGUAUGAGGUGCUCAUGCGCCUGGGCCGUCAGCGAUGGCGACUGAAGGGCCGGAUAGAGCCAGAUGACAGCCAGACCUGGGAUGAAGAGGAGAGGGUGUUUGUGCCCUCGGUGCAUGAGAACCUGGAGAUCAAGGUGACCGAGCUUCGAGGCCUGAGCUCAAUGGUGGUGGGUGCGGUGACAUGUGACGUCGCAGACUUCUUCACGGCCCGGCCCCAGCUUGUGGUGGUGGACAUCACCGAGUUGGGCACCAUCAAACUGCAGCUGGAGCUGCUGUGGAACCCCUUGGACUCUGAGUGCCGCCUGGUGUCGCCCAGUCCCACUGGCAGGUUCUCCAUGGGCAGCAGGAAGGGCUCCCUAUAUACCUGGACGCCGCCCAGCACCCCCAGCUUCCGGGACAAAUACUACUUGUCUCUUCUCCAGCAGCCAGUGCAGCAGGCCUUGCUGCUGGGUGGGCCAAGGGCCACCUCCAUCCUUGGCUACCUGUCUGACAGUGAACUUCAGGGUCCCCGCCUGCGGAGCCGGAGCCAGGAGCUACUAGAGAUGGAUUCCUUCAGCUCUGAGGACCCCAGAGACACUGAGACCAGUACUUCAGCAUCCACCUCAGAUGUGGGCUUCCUGCCCGUGCCUGUGGGUUCCGCAGCCUGCACAGAAGAGGAGACCAGGGAGGGGCCUCCACCUCUGGGCCUGCUGCCAGGCCUGGCUCACCCAGCCGGGGGUGUGCUUGUAGAACGGCCCGGCUGGAGGGACUUGGGAGGAGAAAGGCUGGCCCAGCUGCAGGACGCCCCCAUCCACAGCCCCAUGGUGCCACGGAGCCGGAAGGGCCAGGAGGAUGGAGAUGUGGGGGACGGAGUGGAGGGGCCUGUGCAGGAGGUCCUGGACCUGCUGCGGUCUGCAGACCCUGCGCAGCCCCAGCUCAGGGAACUGGAGUACCAAGUCCUUGGCCUCAGGGAGCGGCUGAAGCCCCGAGGGGUACAGUCGGAACCUGUGUCGGCGCAGAGCCUGAUGGACUGUAUCCUUGAGAGCUUUGCCUUUCUGAAUGCCGACCUUGCCAGUGAUGAACUGUCCCUGUUUGGGGGCUCCCAGGCUCCUGAAAGGGGACAGUCUCCACCUUAUCCUCUAAGCCAGUGGUCCCACAGCGAGAUUCCAAGUGCGCUACCUUCUCAAGUGUGGAGGGACAGCCCCCCACCUCCACGGCCAUCACUGAAGGUGUCACCCAGCGAGCUCACAGCUGGUGCCCCCGAGCUGGACACGCUGCUCACUGUCCACCUUCAAGUCUGCAAAGCCUUGCUUCAGAAACUGGCUUCCCCUAAUUUAUCAAGGAUGGUGGAGGACUGCCUCCUAGAGGAAGCAGUGCAGCAAAGGCAGGUUCUGGAAGUGCUUUCAGACCUUGACCUUGAGCAGGUCAGCAAGGCCAGGUCGGUUGAAGAGAUCAUCCCACAGGCUUCUCACAGGAAGGGUGGCCUGGCACUGUGGCAGGGGUGCACGCAGCCUGGUGGUGUCCUGGCCUGCCCUGCCUCCACACUCCUGAGCCAGCUCAAGAAGACAUUCCUGCAUCGCGUCCGAGGGAAGUACCCCGGCCAGCUGGAAAUAGUGUGUCGCAGGCUCCUGGAGCAAGUGGUGGGCUGUGGUGGACUAUUGGUCCCAGCAGGGCUUCAGGAAGAGCAGGUGGUCACCUGGUUCCAGUUCCACAGCUACCUGCAGCGGCAGAGCAUCUCUGACCUGGAGAAACACCUCGCUCAGCUCACCAAGGAAGUGACUCUCAUUGAGGAGUUGAGCUGUGCAGGCCCAGCCAAGGCCCUGAGAAAGCUGCAUGGGAAGUGUCUAAGCCAGCUGCAGCCACUGCCCCAGACACUUCAAGCCUGGGCACUUCUGCAGCUGGACGGACCCCCGAGGCUGUGCAGGGCGGCCAGAACACGCCUAGCCAGCGCGGCCAGGAACAAGCGCUUCCGGGAAAAGGCUCUGCUGUACUACACUAAUGCCUUAAAUGACAGUGAUGCCAAGGUCCAGCAGGCGGCGUGCGUGGCUCUGCAGCAGCUCGGGGGUAUUGAAAGCUUUGAGCAGAUUGUCACUCUCUGUCAGUCUGACCUGGAGGCCGUGCGAAUUGCAGCGCGGGAAGCGACACUGUCAUUUGGUGAGAAAGGCCGCCUGGCUUUCGAGAAGAUGGACAAACUCCACUUAGAACAAGAGGCCUUCUGUCAGGAAGCGGACGUUGAAAUCACAAUUUUUUAAGACGCUGUGAUCAACGAGCUCAAAUCGGGCGUCUCUCUUCCUUGAGGCUUCUUAGCCUCCAUAGUGCUCAGGAUUUGGAUGGAGCAGUCUAGCCGCUCCCUUGCAAGCCUGGGCUGAGUAGGGUAGUUACCUGAGCUUGGGGUUGGUACCCAGCCCAGGGAGGAGAGUGGGGUCUUCACAGAGCAGGUGGAAGUGGUGUGUGGGGGCCUCCGAGGCUGUGGCCUCCUACAGAUGCCGCUUCUGCCUGAGGAUCAAGGGCCUGGGGCAAGGUGAGGCUCCAGGACAGACACGCAUGGAGUCCAAGCUCCCUGCACACCCGCAGCUGGGAUAGAACUGGUCUAAUAAACAUGGCUGGCAACUGCAAGGCAUGGCAGGCCCACCUCCAGUGCAUGGCACCCUCAGUCCAUUGGAGGGACACUCCAGCGUGAGUGGAGGGGAGGUUUUCCCUGCGGCGGCUAUGGAGACACACGAUGGGUUUCUUACCUAAGUGGAUAGAGCACUCCAAGCUCGGGGGCUCUCAGGGCUGACUCGGUCACCCCACUCGGAGUCCUGUGGACCAUGUGUGCUCACUGGGUAUUUAUUUGUUUCCUUCAUGUCCAUCUCCUGAAAUCUCAAUUAAAAACCCUGUAGCAUAUGGCCA